GUUGGUGCACAAUGACAAACAGACUUCAAAUCUAGUGUUGAAAAUCCUGGACUUCGCUAGACAAAAUGCCACCGACGACUUCGACGCUGUGUAUCAGCGCAGGAAUGUAUUCCUCAUCAUCGGACGUGCCUAGACGUGCCUUCGAGGAUACUCGUUUCUGAUCCAUCCGGCCGCCGCAGUCGUUCAUCAUUGUUCGAGAAUCCUAGUCGGACACCCAAAGCGUGUAAAUCAUCCUCACUCUUUCAGUCACACCGGGAUCUCGCGAAUUUGUUCCCGCCACCGGCGGGCUCUCUGUGAGUCUGUUCUGUGCAGGUACACCAGCCCAUUGGUGUACAAAAUGAGGAUCCACAAAUCUUCAAACAUCUCGAGGCCAAGAAUCGUUUCUCCCCAAUAAGGAGUGAAGAUGUGAAUGCCUCGCCCCCAACCUGUACUUAACAGUCGACCUUCCGCGCGUCUCUCGAGGAAAAUAGCUUCAAGGAUGCCGUGCCUAGGCUUACUUCAGGUCCUAUGAUUAGAAUGGCUCAAAUUUCAGUCCUAGAAGUAAGAUUAUCUCGGAGAUAGGCGUCAGGAGCCAAUGAGAGCGUAACAAGCUGAUGGAAGGCGACAAAAGGAGUGAUGCGAUUACCCAAAGGGGUUAGACGUCGAUGCAUUGAUGCCCGACCCGCGUAAGAUCAGACCAUGGGGACUCCACCAUAAGCCCUGGUGAGUGAUGAAUCUCAAGAACAUCUCUCAGCGGGCUACAAAAUUGUUUGGGGCGUGCGGUGCUAGAUGCUCAAAGGAAGAUGCAGCAUCAACGCGACGCAAUCCUCCGUGGCGAUAAUGGGCCAGCCGUUCUUGUUCGCGAAGUCGCGCGAGUCUUCUAUCUUAGCACGCUCGGUGAUCACUCCCGGUCUCACCGCACACGCCUCGAAUCCGUCAAGCUCGCCCGCCAAAUCAAAGACGGCAUUUUCCACAUCACCCUGCGCCAUCGAUAAAACUCCGCAAAUUCUCCUUCAACCUUCGCGGUUUGGUCUCGGAUGGCUCCGGACCCGCUCAUAUAGCAGAAUCGGAACGGCUUGGCAGGAGACGAAUCUGCGAGCGCUUGGAUGCCGACGAGCGUCGAUAUGCGGGAAAUGCGCUUGGCUUCUGCUGGGCCAACUUCCACCGACUUGGGCGGCGUGAUGCCCACCGUCCUGAUUCCAAUUGACAAUGGGGAUUUAUCCAUGAGCGAUUCACGCACCAGAUACACGCAGCGGCGCCCGCAAACUCCCUCUUCACCUCGUCGGGAUACUGGUCGUAGUCGCUGACGACGACGCUCUUGAAUUUGCCUGCAGGCGUGCCUUCGGGAGCUGGAAUCGGUUUACGCGAGACAGCGACCACUGAAGUUAUUCUGGGAUCCUUGCAAGCUUGAGACACGGUCUCUGUUCCGACGUAGCCCGUUGCGCCUGUGAUGAUGAGCUUCAUAGUAGUGUGCCGGAUGAGUUGAGGAGGGUCAUGCUUUCUGGCGCCUUAAAUAAUUUCGCGUGUCUGGUUCAAGACAAGAUUAGGAUGCCGAAUAUAAUCGAGAGCGCACUGCUCACCAAGU